AUGAAACGCGCGCAAGCCGACGAAGGAUCUGCAUCGGAAUCCUCCAAACACACCCUGGUUCCUACAUGCUUGCCGCGAUCCCUCCUGGACGAGCUGGCCUCCGAACCGCUGUUUCACAUCGAUUACUCAAUCAUCUACAACACUGAAUGGUCGUAUUCACGCGGGGAGUCGCUUACAGGCGAUCCAAAUCAUGCCUUUGCCGAGUACUCCGCUGUCAUUCUCAAUCGACUUCCCUCUGAUUGCAUCCGUCGCCGCCGCAUGGGGAAAAGGGCCGCCACCCUCAAAGACUGCACAUCGCUACACCUUGCUGCAAUGCGUGGAGACGUAGCACUUGCAUACGAGUGUAUUCGUUUUGGCGUCGAUGUCAAUCGUCGCGACUGUGAUGGUGCGACACCAUUGCUUCGUGCAAUGGAGCUGAUCAGUGCACCGCGCUCCUUUCAAGCCCCUGCUUGCAAACACACACAGUGCAUAGCCAGGGCACGAGAGAGGGUCAGCUUGGGGAUACCUCGUGGGAAGCGGAUCGCGAGCAUCCUAAUAGAACAUGGUGCGGACGCAAUGCUAGCAGACAAUAAAAACGUCACUCCUUUCGACCACGCUUGGGUUAUGCGCGACUGGGACCUCAUCGAGAACCUCCUGCGCUCCUGCCCACUCCUCGCCGACUACCCUACACCGAAGGGUAGUCCGGAGGACAUCCGCUGGCUUGCGUUCCUCGGCCGCAGAGCCAAGCAUGGACCGCCCCCGCCACCUCGUCGUUGCCCAUGUUGGUCUGGACGACUACUCUCAGAAUGCCACCAAGGCGCAAAGAAGCUUUAUCCCGCUGAAUGUGCAUGUCCAUGCGGGUUACCUAAACGAUACCGCGACUGUUGCAGUCAACGAGACUGGGACUUCUUUGAAACAUGGGACCCGCAGCGCAAGCGCAUUGUGAUAACUGGUCAGACGCGGCAACAUAAUCUCGUAGAAGUAAUACAGGAACACGUUGACGUGCAGAAGGUCGCAGAUGCCGACGACAAGAAGAUUGUGCCCUCCAACCGCGCAGAUGCCGACGACAAGAAGAUCGUGCCCUCCAACCGCGCAGAUGAAGACCAAGUUCGGUCUUUCAACCGCUUUACUAUCUCUUUGGUACUUUCCCGAGGUCUAGAUCCCGCAUACGCAUGGGCAAGUCUGCAUAGAGCCGUCAGAAGCUUCAUGAUGCCGCAGGACCAGCAGACCGAUAAAAAGGAUCGCGAAAAGAGGCAGCAUGCAUGGAACGCUGCUGUAGAUGAAUACAUCAAAAUCGUCGAAGACGGACGUUCACCGACUGACAUUGAACACAAAGCUAAAGUAGCCCUUGAUGGUAGACCGCUCUUCAAGCGUUGCGAGGCGAAGGGCUGUGCCACGCCUAACGGGGCCGGGUGUCAGUUGAAGUGUUGCGGCCGGUGCCAACGACAGACAAUGCCAGCGGAACGAUUGGAACAGACACAAGAAAGCUUGUGA